UGCUCAAACACCAUACCCGACGCCCCCGACUAUCCCGAUGAGGGCGUGGGUCUGGAAAUAUGCGGUCAAAAGGACAACUCCGAUGGUAACGCCUACUUGGACGAGGUGCUCGCUGCUACCGAUACGCGUUACGGUGGUAUUGUUGAUGCUAUCACUGAUUUAAAAACAGAAGUGUGCAAGGCCAUACCUGCUGCUCAGAGGCCCGCGGGUUGCUCGGGCGUAUCCGGUGACCCUGACCCUCCCAUUGACACAACUGUGAAAGGUGACAAUGUCCAAGUUCAGGUCUACUAUUCACCAUUCAGCAAUCGUGCAAUCGACUUCCUUAAGUUAAAUGCCGAGGGUAACGACAAGGGUAUCUACGAUCUGUUGGUCAACAAUUUAGAGACUGGCGAGGCAAUUUAUAAUGUCGAGGUCGAUUUGAUACCCUGGGGUAGCGCUGAAAGGACCAGGGACACUACCGGAGCACAAGUAUUUGAUUACGCUUGCGCUGAAAACGAUGUCGAGUGUAAGGCUACUAGAUUGCACGCGUGCAUAGCUCGCAAUCACGUGACCAAUUACGUGAAUCACCACGAGUUCCGUAUUGCCGUUUGUACGGUGGGAAAAUCGGACUGGAAACAAAACCCCCUGGCCAACGCCAUAGCAUGUAGUAACGCCAACCCCGAUAUAAUUGACGAUGGUGUCACCUUUGUAUUUUGCGCCAAUAGUCGCGAGUUGUCAGAUCCCUAUUUGAAUCAAGUAUUAGCCGCCACCGACACCCUGCACCCGGUGUUUGACUACAAUAACGAUCCGUUAGUCAUAAUCAACGGUAAAAUCAAUACCAACGCACUGAGCGAUUUGCGAUCAGAAGUUUGCGGUGCAUUUGCUGAUGACAAAAAACCAUAUCCAUGCGCCCCCACACCAGCCCCAACCGGCUCCACCGAUACCACCGGGUCUACCGGGUCUACCGGGUCGACCGGGUCUACCGGGCCUACCGGAUCUACCGCGUCUACCGGGUCCACCGGGUCGACUGGCUCUACACAGCAAAGUACCACUGAUGGUGAUGCCAUGGUUAUAGCGAACACCUUGGUGCUCGUACUUGUGGCCAUUAUUGGCGUGGUGAUCACCGGGAUGCAUUAG